ACUUAUAAACACAUUCACAGAGAGGCGGGAAAACUCAUCUCCCGUUUUCAGAACAGUUUUUUUACAAGUCUUUUGGAACCAAAGCCAAACAAAACGUUUCCAGGUCCAAGCAAUCCAGGAUAGGCCUGAAAACAAUUGUUGAAUAAGCUUAGGAGGCAAAAAUGAUCCACAUUGGAGAGUAUGAGGCCAUUCACUAGUAGAAAAUUCCUUUCUCACUCUGUGAAGCUCGAUCAAGGAAUUAUCACAUGGAAUUAUCCUCAGCGUGCAAACAUCCAUAAGCACAGCAUUAAUUAUGCCCAAAUAGACUUCAUGAUGUCGUAAGGCACUCUCCAGAUGUGAUAAAGAUGUAAUUUGUAAACAAAUUACAAGCAAAACUGUUGUCAGCAAUGGUCUAUAUCACAGCGCCAUCGCUAGACAGAAAAGACACCGCAGUGCAUUGUUGGAAACUUCAAGGGAAAAGACUGUCGAAAAAUGUCGCAAAACAACCGGAGGACAAGUGGAUCCAAGUUCACCGGAUGCCCGAAAGCCUCAAAGAUCCGGCAGUUGGAAUCGGCUCUGGAUUAUGCCCACCGUGCUAUUCGAAGCUUGAACAAAGAUCUCAGAAAUCUUGGGAUCGAGAAUGAUGUCCUCAGAUCAGGUCUACAGGACGGAAACCGGGUCCUAGCGGAAGAGCAAAGAAAUGCAGAACUCCUACUCAAAAAGCAGGUAAAUAAAAUAAUUAGAUUAAAUGCGCACAGUGCACAAUCAUCCCACCCAACCAUCAUUCUUCUCAUUUUUUUUUUUGCGCGAUAUUAAACAACACGGCGAAAAAUAAAACAGGACGGAAAAGUGGGAGUAGUCAAGCAAUUUUAUUAUAACUUUCUUAUCUAUUCUAGUGUUGUUCUUUUAUUAUUUAUUUUGAUUUGUUUAUCAACGCAAGAUGCGCAAA